UGUGGGAGACCAGAUAUAGUGAAUGCAGGGUCCGGGGAGACCAGAUAUAGUGAAUGCAGGGGUCCGGGGAGACCAGAUAUAGUGAAUGCAGGGUCCGGGGAGACCAGAUAUAGUGAAUGCAGGGUCCGGGGGAGACCAGAUAUAGUGAAUGCAGGGUCCUGGGAGACCAGAUAUAGUGAAUGCAGGGUCCGGGAGACCAGAUAUAGUGAAUGCAGGGUCCGAGGAGACCAGAUAUAGUGAAUGCAGGGUCCGGGGAGACCAGAUAUAGAGAAUGCAGGGUCCGGGGAGACCAGAUAUAGUGAAUGCAGGGUCCGGGGAGACCAGAUAUAGUGAAUGCAGGGUCCGGGGAGACCAGAUAUAGUGAAUGCAGGGUCCGGGGAGACCAGAUAUAGUGAAUGCAGGGUCCGG